AUGCCGGGACUCGGCCUGGACGCUGGUUACGAGUCUGGCUACGAAUCCGACAAUGCGGACGCGGAGGAAGUCACUGAAGCUGACGUUGCAGACCUAAUGAAGCUAAUACACGACGCGAAGCAGGGGAAACUUGGACCCAUGUGGAAAAAGGAGAUGAUGGCUGCGGAGGAACUCUACUUACGCCGUCGUGCAGCGCUACGGGACCUUGGCGGAACAGCGGAUUCAGAUGAGAAACCCAACGUCUCGGAGCUCUUAAAAGAGCAAAAUGAUGUGCUCGAUGAGCACCUAAACGCUAUGUUCGACCUCUCCGAGCUGCGUCACCCUACCGAGGAGGAGGUCAGGCGCAACCUGGGUGAGAUGCGGCCGGAGGAUGAGGGAUGGACACAAGAUGACGCGGGACUCCAAUCGACGCAAGAAAGCCGCGACGCGCAAUAUAUGAGAAGCCUCACGCAAGGCAAGCUUCGUCGGGAGGACCUUAGCAACCUAAUCAGCGGAUUCUACCGCCAGAAGGGCAUUCUGAACGAGCCUGUAGUAGUCACCGCGCUACCCCCCUUUGAGGUUAGCUGGCGCCAACACAGCCGUUAUUUCGACCUCUGGUUCCCGUGCAUAUCGCCCGAGGACAGAGAGGACGACUAUGCCGUGACAUUCAUGCCGCGGGAGCUGACCAUCACGUACAACGGCAAGGCUGUGUCUCGACCCUUGCGCGGCAAGGUCGACGUCGAUGGCUGCUUUUGGUCAAUACACGACAUGGAGGGACGCGGGAACGUGGUCAGCGUCGUACUUCUCAAAAGCGCUCCCCGCUACUCCGGAACGUGGGAACACCUCUUCCGCGGCACACGUCCCUAA